UGCUCGUCCUCGUCCAUAAAUCUGUAUGUUACGCACUUCCUUACAUUUCCAGUUGAUGCUGGGCAUAUGCAGCUCCUUGGCCGCUCCCAUGCGCACAGAGAGAAGUCCUCGAAGUUUGCGGCAUGAUGAUGUGCAACUACUGCAUCCGCAUAUUAUAACUAUAGAACGAUUGGAGCAUCUCCUGAGACAGGCGGGCGAGAUUUUCGGUGCAUCACCAGGAGCAGGAGGUCCUGGAGAUUCGGAUGCCAUGGCAAGUGAGGUCAAUGAGCAAUGGCAUGUCCUGCCCCAAGGGCAACAGCAACAGCCCCAGCAACGUUUGUUGCCACCAACAGAGCAACCAUAUAAUUUCUAUUUGCCUCUGUUUGAGCACAUAGAACCAAAAUUGGAUGCCAAGAGUCGCCGCAUGGAGAAAUUUGCUCCACCGCCUUUGCCCUCACAGCAACCGGAUACGCACAAUUACUAUGCGGAUAAGCCAAAGAAACAACCAAAGAAAUUCAAAGCCGGAGCCAAGCAUAUAAAUCUGAAUCUCAAAUGGUUGAAUACCUACGAAAAGGCCAUGGAUGGCGUCGGCAUGGCAGCUGGUCCACCCAAGGCCAUGUAUCUGGAGCAGGAUGAACGAAAUCGUAUAAAUUUCGAUGAUUCCUUUUUCGCCGUGGACAUGCAGGUGAAGCCGGUGCCCGAUAAUGAUGAUCUAAGUGGCGGAGCUUACGAGGAUGAUUUGAUGGCAGCACCAGCUCAAUUAGCCUACAAUUACAACAACAAGGCUGGCAAGCAACUUACAUAGAAAGC